GCGGAAAUGAGGAAUGAGGAUAGACGUGCUUGUGGAAGGAACGAGAUAAGUUGAGCUUUGUUAGCAUAGGUUGCUCAAUAAAAGUUUUAAAAAAAAUAGCGUCAGACAUGGGGGGAAUUCUUCCGGACGCUACAAUAUGAUUGUUCCUUACGGACCUGUGAGACUUGUGGGCUCUUCUUUUAUGUUUAAAAUUGGCUGUUGUUUCGUCUUCCAGCCUGUAGGUGUCAGUAUUGAAUCAUCAAGCCUAGCGAUGAGGCAGAAGCGGCUUCGAUACACCGAAAAGUAUUUCCGGUUACCGCUACCAAAACAACUUUGAUGGUGACUUUCAAUAGAUUCUUGUUCAAUUCAGGAAAAAAUAACUCGUUGUAUGUUUGAAAAUGAACACCAGGCUGAAGAACUGGAAGGAGGCGGCCACUCUUAUUUUAGCUGCGGGUCACAAGCUUGGCGCGGAGGGUUUAUCGCCACCUCACCGCUUUGACUACAAUGUUCUACUACUUAAACGAAGCCACAAAAGUGGAUUCAUGCCUAAUGCGUAUGUGUUCCCUGGAGGCAUGGCGGACUCUUCCGACUUCUCCAGCGACUGGCUGGACGUUUUUAAAGCUUUUACCAACUCUCCAUAUUUCGGUUUAAAGAGCGUCCAACAACCUCAUGACACCAGACCUCCAAUGUUUGCGACGGACAGGCUGAAAUUGGGCUCUCCUAUCCCGGGAGAAGUCGCCUUUCGAAUCUGCGCCUUAAGGGAGACCUUCGAGGAGUCAGGAGUGUUGUUGUUUGUGUCCAAAGACGAGGAGAUGACUUUGUUAAAGAGCCUUGAGGACAGACGCACCACAGAUGAAGUCAAGCACUAUAAAGUCAACGAGCUGUGCAGCAGUGAGCUGAGCAGGUGGAGGACUCUUGUCAACCAGAACCCGUCUAACUUCAUCACAAUGUGCAGGGAGCUGCAGGUGCUGCCCAACAUCUGGGCCUUACACGAGUGGGCCAACUGGCUGACCCCAGAACGUCGAUACGGCGUGAAGAGGUUCGACACAGCCUUCUUCAUCUGCUGCCUGCAGGACACACCUCACACCUUGCAGGACGAUAAGGAAAUUGAGCGCUUUCAGUGGUCAACGCCUCCUGAUGUCCUGCGGAGCUACCAGGCGCGCGAGCUGUGGAUCGCCCCCCCUCAGUUCUACGAGCUGAGUCGCAUGUGUCGCUUCCCUUCGCUGAUCGACCUUCAGAAUUUCGCUCGGCAGCGUUCCUCGGACGGCUGUGAGCACUGGCUGCCAGUUGUCUUCCAACAGGACGACAGCUACUUAUCAGUGUUGCCAGGAGACCGAUUGUACCCAUCAAACAGUUCUGAAGGGAGGACAGUAGAAACGAGCUUAGACCAGGAAAGUUCAGAGACAGCUCUGCAUCGCUUCCUGAUCUCUGACCCCUACGGUACACGCCUGCAGAUCAACAUCACACCAAAAUACAACCACCUGAUGCCUCUUGUCGGCCCCUUUGAUCCCAGCGCUGAACUUUGACCUGCUCCACAGCCCGCCUCCGUGAGCACACAUGAACAAUUACAUUGACAAAUGAUAAACAUAUUAAAUAUGUCAAAUUCCAAAUUGUACAACAUAACUCAGAGUAUGUUAUGAAACUUAAAUUAAUUCAAUAAUGAUGUACAGUACAUUAAAUUUAACACUAACAACUAUUUGCUUUGACACCUUUUAAUUAAAAAUACAAUCUUUUUUGUCAAAUAGUUUAGCAUAUUAUAAUGAGGGACAAGGGGUAGAAAGUGGAUGGAUAAGGUAAAUUAAAUGUGUUUUAGAAACUUUAGUGUAGAAAUGUAUCGAAGUGGCCCUCUGUGAAAAAUGUUUGGACACUCCUGAAUUGGAGGUUACUGUACAUUGCAUCCAUUAAAGAAGAACUGCACUUUUUGGGAAAUUUGCCUAUCGUUCACAACCAUGAGAGACAAGAAAACACAUUUAUUUUUUAGG